AUGGGAAUGCGGACAAAAUCAACAAGUUGGCAGAAGCAGCAGCAGCAGCAGCAGCAGCAGCAGCAGGGAUACGAUGCCUCAGCUGCUGCUCACUCUUCCUCCGCCUCUGCUGUCUCUCAUUCCUCUGGUGGUCCCCGUCGGAUCCAGCACAGUGCAACAGCAGGGGAGGCAGGAGGCAGGGAGAGGAGGCGAGGGAAGGUACUGGGAAGCGCAGGGGAGAAACGUGGUGGGGGGUUGUCUGGUGCUGGGGAGGAAGAGGAUGAGGGAAUCAGCAGCGAUCAUCUGACAAGAAUAGCCGCCCAGAUGAUGGGAUUUGAAGAUGGGGAGGACGGGCAGAUCGGGCAGAUCGGGCAGGUCAGGCAGGACGGGCAGGAAAUCUUUUUGCAGGAACCAAUGCAGGAGGAUCUGAUUGGUCCAUCCGCCCUGCUGCCACCGAGCCACAUCUCCUCCCGACCCUCUUCCAUCCGCAAGGCACACUCAGCCUCGGCCAAGCCUGCGAAAUCCGGAGGCUCGGCAGCAGGCUCAGGAGCCGGCAUUGUCAGUGACAGUCAUUUUGUCGAGGACCUGCUUCAGCUAGGGUUGAAUGAUUCGCGGUUAAGGGACUGGGCUGCCAGGUUCAAAGCAGGUCAGACAGACAGACGAGAGCUGCAGACACUGCUACUGGAGCUUCAGGAAAAGCAGAGGUUGCAAGGGGCGGGAGAAGGAGCAGGUGGGAAGGGAGAGGAAUGGAUGGGAGGAUCUGCAGUGGGGGAAGAUGAGGCAGAGGGAGUGACGGAAUCUGCUGCAGCAGCAGGUGCUGGGUCAGGAUUAGGGUUAGGGUUUAUGGGGGGUUCUAGACCUAGAUCUUCCUCUCGCAGGCUUGCCAGCAGCAGUGGAGUCCGAAGCAGGCCAGCUUCGUCGUCGUACCACAACCGAACCCAGCGGGCAGGUCACGCCAGGUUCGGCAGCAGCAUAGGGUUCGGAACAGGCCUAGGCGGGUUAGUCUCUGGGGCAGGUUCGGGAACGGGAGGCUUGGGAGACGCCUUAGAGGGGUCUGGUUCGGAGGGUGGUUCGGACGCGGAGGACUUUUUGAUGUCGGUUCCCCCUUCGGCUCUAGAUGUUCUGCAGGGCAGCGGGCAGGCGAAAAAGAAACCUCCGACCGGAAAUUGGAAGAGCCCUCUUUCAGGAGCAACACCAGGAGAUUCCUCAACCUCGUCUAGCGUUCCCUCUGCACGAUCUGGACCGUUGAUCUCAUCAGGAUCGGUCCCAUCAAGACCCCGAGGGACAUCUGCCGCAUCGAUUCUAAGGCAUGGAAGUUGGGAGCAAAGGGAGUUUGCACAGCUGGCAGAGCAAUUCGGGCUGGAUGCAGACGAGGAGGGGCUAGGCGGGUUGGUGGAGGGAGGGAGACAGGGAGGCACAACUGGUGCGGGGGGUCCUGGGGUAGGGUUAUCUGAUGCAAGUGCAUCAGGGGCGGGUAUACCUGGUGCGGGUGGGAGGUUGAUUGGGAGGAGCAGCUCAGUUCCCGAGGCAAGCCCUUCUGGAGGCUCGUGGGGGAGUCCCGGGGGAGUGGUGGAAGUGGGAGGGGUGGGAGUAGGAGUGGGAGUGGUAGGUGUCGGUGGUGUGGGAGACACAGGGGAUGAAGAGCAGGAUAUAGCUGCCACAGCUGGUGGCAGUGCUGGUGGUGGUGCGGGUGAUGGUGGGGUUGGUGGUGGUCGUGGUGGUGGUGGUGGUGGUGGUGGGAGUGCUGGUGAUUUGUAUGGAGGACGGCACACAGUAAACGCCCCUCCCCCCUGCACCUCUCAUGCAGCAGGAGAGAGAGAGGGAGAGAGAGACGGAGCAAGAGAGGGAGCAAGAGAGGGAGAAAGGGACAGAGAGGGAGAGCUAGGGGGAGCGGGCGAGGAGAUGUUGUGUCUGGAGCGGAAUCUGAGCCUUCCGUCACCAAAGCCGGUUGCACAGGUGGAGGAGGCAUCGUUCGAUCGCAACCUGUCGCUGCACAAUGUGAUCAAGAAGCGGAUCAGCAGCCACGCCGGGGAGGUGGGGCAGCAAUUCGCCCGGCUCUCCACUCUCCUCAAGAAGUCAUCAUCCACACCCAACGCACCUGGGAGUGCGGGAAGUGGAGCAACAGGAGGGAGCAAGAGGCCGGCGCAGGAAGGGAAGAAGCCACCCAAGCCAGCCAAGAGUGGAUCAGACAGGCCGUCCAGUGGCAACCCACUCGCCAGAACAUCGUCUAUUGCAGCAGAGUUUGGCGAUUUGCCAGCACCCAAGAGAACGCACUAUCAGUACUCGGAGCUGCAGCUGGCGACCGAGAAUUUUAACGAGGCCAACGUGUUGGGGCAGGGCGGAUUCGGGAAGGUGUAUUACGGCGUGCUGCCCGUGCACCCCGCUCAGGUGGUGGCAGUGAAGGUGCUGAAGCAAGGAGGAGGGGAGCAGGGAGACGAAGAGUUUGUGACUGAACUGGAGCUGCUGAGUCGACUGGAGCACAAACACCUGGUGAAGCUGAUGGGGUACUGCAUGCGGAAGAAUCAACGGCUGCUAGUCUACGAGUUCCUGCCCAAUGGGAGCCUCGCCGACCACUUGCACGGCAAAAAGGUCAGGCAGAACGGCCCCUUGUCGUGGGAGAAGCGGCUGAAGAUUGCCGUUGGAUCAGCACGCGGGUUGAGGUACCUGCACUCGCAGCGCCCACAGGUGCUGCACCGAGACGUGAAGGCACCCAACAUACUCAUCACUGAUAGCUACGUGGCUAAGGUGGCUGACUUUGGGUGUGCGAAGCUGAUCAAGCAAACCAUCCUAGUAGAGGAUCCCACCACAGGGGAGAUGGUGGAGACGCUGGGGGAGAACGUGGAUGUGGCCAUGGGCACGCAAGGGCACAUGGCUCCUGAGAUAUUGAUGACUGGGGAAAUCAGCGCUGCUACUGAUGUGUACAGCUUCGGAGUGGUGUUGCUGGAACUACUGAGUGGCAGAGUGCCCGUGUUUGAAGACGGCACGAUGCUGACGCAUUGGGCCACACCAUUCUUGAAGGACAAGAGGUGGGAUGAGCUGAUAGAUCCUUCCAUGCUUGCCGGUCACACGCCAGAAGGGGGCGGAGGCGAAGGAGGAGUGACAGGUGGCACCAGCGCCGGAGCCAGUGCCGAUGCUGACGUGGCCCUGCCCAGGGUGGCUGCCACGUCAGCGUUUGCUCGGUGCGCUGAGCUGGUGGAGUCGUGCAUCCAGUUUGACCCGCUGAUGCGGCCGAGCAUGGAGGACGUGGCACACACCCUGCAGGCGAUCCAAUUAGGUUCGGACGAGGCUCGGAUUGUUCGAAGAAACUCACAGGAAGGUGGUGGGGUUGAAAGAGGAGUGAGCGGUGCAGAUGGGUGGGAUGAGAUGAUUGAGGCAGACAAAGAAGGGAGAGAGGGGAGAGAGGGGAGAGAAGGGAGAGAAGGGAGAGAGGGAAGGGAAAGGAGAGAGGGAAGAGAGGGGAGAGAAGGGAGAGAAGGAAGAGAGGGGAGAGAAGGGAAAGGACAGCGGGAGAAAGGAGAGGUGAGGGACAGAGAAACGGGGGGGAAGACCGACAGAGGGGCGAAAAGGGAGAAAGGGGAGAGGCGGAAGGAGAAGGAUAAGAGCAGAAGCGGACCAAUGGCUUUGGAAGGGAAUAGAGUACCCCACUAG